AUGGAAUACGAGAACCGCGACUACGACGACGAGCCUCAGUACCCUCGUGAGCGCUCGCGCUCACCUCGCCCCGACCGUGAUGGCGACAGCAGACUCCGCAGCGCUUCCCCGCCGCUGCCCGUGAUGACCGGUACGUCACCAAACAACACCCCAGCCAUCCAUCUACAACAUGUCAUUGACAACCAAUUCAGCACCGCCCAGCAGAUCCGUGAAGACGAGGAAGAAGCUGCCAACCCUGGCUCCAACCUUUUCGUCACUGGUAUCCACCCCCGUCUUACCGAGGAGGAGGUCCGCCGCCUGUUCGAGAAGUACGGUGAUGUCGACACUUGCAGCAUCAUGCGCGACCCUCACACCCGCGAGUCGCGUGGCUUUGGUUUCGUCAACAUGGCCACUGGUGAGCAGGCAGACGCUGCCAAGUCCGGUCUUCAGGGUGAGGUUUACGAGGGCCGUACUCUGAGCAUUGAGAAGGCCCGUCGCUCCAGACCCAGAACCCCUACCCCCGGCAAGUACUUUGGCCCUCCUAAGAGAACACACUUUGACAUGACGGCCCAUCGGUUAUCUUGCCCAACCAUCAUCAUGUACCUCUUCACCUUUCUCGUCAUCUUUGCCGCUCUUCCACGCUAUUCACGGUUCGUUCGGGGCGCAUCAGCAGAUUAA